AAAGCGAAAACCCCAAAAUAAUCCCCUUCAAGAAGAAGAUGGCAGCGGCAGCGGCUAUGUUAAUGUCAAGUUUCCCGGAAGAGAUACAAGUAGAAAUCCUUCUGAAAUUACCAGUGAAAGAAUUAUUAACAUGUAAGUGUGUAUGCAAACUCUGGCUUAAUCUAAUUUCUAGCCCUAAGUUUAUGAAUGAUCAUCUUAAAAUUAGUAUCCAGAAUAAGAACAAUUAUAAAAUCAUGUUUACUUGUAAUGGUCUCAUUUGCUUUGGCAUUUUGAUUGAUGCAAAGAUUAGCAUUUGUAUUUGGAACCCAACAACUACAGAAUUUAAGGAAAUUCAACAUUGUGAUUUUCAUAUCAACCCCGAGCAAACUUUUAGAGGGGGGUUUUGUUACGAUAGCAAGACUAGAGAUUACAAGAUGGUAAGAAUUGUGAAUUCUAAAAAAUCAGAUUGCUGUGAAGUUGAAGUAUAUACAUUUGGAUCACAUUUGUCAAAAGCUAUUCAUACUUUCCCUUACAAGUUUCCAACUCGUAUAGCAUUUCGCGGUUUUUUCCUCAAUGGAGCUCUUCACUGGAUAAGUAGUUUUAUGUCCAAGCAAGAUAUCUCCAAUUACAUAGUCUCUUUUGAUAUUAGUAAUGAGAAAUUCCUGGGUGUGCCACUGCCAGAAAAAAGUAUAAUAAAUUCAGAAGAUAUCAACACGAAAAUAUUUACAAACGUAGGAGUAUUAGGAAACUGCCUUACCUUAGUUUUGGUCGACAAGAAGAGGGCCCAAGCUGAAGUAUGGGUAAUGCAGGAUUAUGCAGUGAGAGAAUCUCGGACUAAACUGUUCACCACUACUCAAAAAUCAAUAACCUGUUAUCCUUUCUGGGCGCCAAUGCUGUCACUUAAAAUGGUAAGAUUCUGAUUUAUACCCGUGAUGGUUUUGUUUUUUGCAACCCAAAGAAUGAAAGAGUUGGAAAGGUUAGUGGUUUUUUCCAAUUAAACGCACAUACUGUUCGUGGUCUUACUAUGAUGAUGGCUCAUCCUGAGAUUUAUGUCGAGAGCCUGGUUUCGCUCAACUCGGGUACUUACGUGAAGAAGCCUCACAUUCAAAAAUAGAGGUAAAAUCAUUGUUUCUUAUCUUUUAACUGUUUUGGUUAGAGUCUAGGAGUUCAAUUGAAUUUUUUUUUAUGAUGGCUUUGUAUGUUGUAAUGAGAUUUAGUCUCUUACUUUUCUCCAGAAAGAUUUUAGUUUAAUGCAACACAAACAGAUUUGCUUGAUCUGCAUUUUGCAAAUCCAAUGCUGGUGUCUUUUUCCUGCCUAUGUAGUUUUUCUUCACAGCCUGUCCCAAACCAAGAUAGAAGGGGGGUUGUGAUUGGUGUAGCGAUCCAAUGGUAAAAAAACAUCCAUUUCCCCAUGAAAAGGGUCGUGAUAGGUGUGGCGAGCCAGCUAUGGACCAAAAGAGGGCGAGACAAUACCAUGAUGGGUGACUGCUUGGGAAGUCCUCGUGUGACUUUGUUUGGUUGAAAACCAGCCAUUUCCUUAGGAAUGGGCAAGAGCAGUACCAAGAUCGCUUGGGAAGUCCUCGUGUUUCCUUUUUAGCCCACCCCAACUUGUUUGGGACCGAGGCUUAGAAGAAAAAUGCUGGUAUUGUUUAACAUCAUAUAGUAGUGGUUUCUAAUCAAUUUAUGACAACAAUGAAAAUUUAUGCUGGUUGUAAUUACAAGAAUUGAUUGCUUUCUGAUUCACUUUUUGUUCAUUUGAUACGUAAAGACUUGUUCCCUCCUAUGUGUGAUUGUUAUAAAUCUUGCAUUUAGUUCUUUAU